AUUCAUAUUGGAAAGGAAUAUUCUUUUACAGAUCGGAACUUUCGGGUGGGUUCGUUACGUUCCUGUUGCAUGCAAACUUUUUCUUCUAUAUAUUCAGAUUUUCUGCCGUUGGUAUUGCUGUCAUUGAUCAUUGGAUGUUCUUCGAGGCCUUUGUAUCGUCUCCCGAGUGGAGCACCAGAUGGAACUAAGCAGCCGCUUCAGACUUCACGUCCUUUUAACGUCGCACACAGAGGUUCAAACGGGGAGUUCCCAGAAGAAACCGCCCCGUCGUAUAUGAGAGCAAUCGAGGAGGGUGCAGAUUUCAUAGAAGCGGAUAUAUUGUCUUCAAAGGACGGUGUCCUCGUGUGUAAUCACGAUCUCACUCUUGAUGAGACAUCUGAUGUUGCAGAACACAAGGAGUUUGCAGACCGAAAGAGAACUUACCAAGUUGCGGGGACGAACUUAACCGGCUUCUUCAUUGUUGACUUUACUCUCCAAGAACUGAAGACACUCCGGGUGAAGCAGAGGUAUCCUUUUCGGGAUCAGCAGUAUAACGGAAAAUUCCAGAUAAUUACAUUCGAGGAGUACAUUUCAAUCGCGAUGGAUGCACCCAGGGUUGUGGGCAUAUAUCCAGAGAUCAAGAACCCGGUUUUUAUCAACCAGCACGUGCAAUGGGCUGAUGGCAAGAAAUUUGAGGAUAAAAUCGCCGAGACGCUGAAGAAAUACGGAUACGAAGGUUCAUACAUGUCUGAAGAAUGGUUGAAACAACCGAUAUUUAUUCAGUCUUUUGCUCCAACAUCGCUCGUCUCCAUAUCAAACUUGACUGACUCACCGAAAGUCUUCUUGAUAGACGAUGUCACUGUUCUAACCGAAGACACCAGCCAGACAUACGAGGAGAUUACAUCGGAUGCUUAUCUGGAUUACAUCAAGCAAUACGUGAUUGGAAUUGGACCGUGGAAGGAUACUAUUGUGCCCGUGAACAGCAACCAUCUCGUUACCCCGACGGAUCUGAUCGCCAGAGCACACGCUCGAAAUCUUCAGGUUCAUCCGUACACAUACCGAAACGAGAACCAGUUCUUGCACUUGGAGUUUUACGAGGACCCGUACGCUGAGUACGAGUACUGGAUCGAUAAGAUCGGUGUGGAUGGCUUGUUCACGGAUUUCACAGGGAGUUUGCACAGGUUUCAGGAAUGGACUUCUCCUCUAGCUGGAAGAAAGUGACUCUGAAUCUCUUAUUAUGACUGUUGACUUUCUGGCUCUUUCUCUGCGUGGUUUUCUGUUAAGGAAUUUUGCAGAAGAAAGCCUUGAAACAGUUUGAAGUAUUCUUCAAUGGAAUGAAUCAGUCAAAGUUCAAGGAUGUCAGCUAAAUUAUAAAAAUUAUCUAUGACGUAGAUAGGGUGGGCGGGUGCCGGAGUUUUGGGGUAUGCGGUCUUUUCCUCGUUCCCACGGGGUAUCUUGAGGGUAUUAUCUCGGUCUCAGUCUCACGAGACUUGGAUAACCAUGACCCGAAAC